GCAGAUUUGUGGCUGGCAGCUCCUGCUGUGGGAAGAAAGAGGACCACGCUGAAAAAGAGGAGACACUUUUCAAAAACGAAAGCUGAAUGUCCGGGGAGGGGCCCUGGGAUCGGUCCGUACAGCUCCACCCAACCCCAUCAGUGGCUCCAGUCCUGGCCAAGCUCCCUGCAUGCAAGUAGCAAGCCUCUGGGUCUCACCGAAUUCCUAACUCACCAUUUUUUGGAAUCUGAUUCCUCUCCCAGCCCUGAUGUCGAAUGGGAGCAUCUCACAGCCAGAUGUUAAAAGGAACUGGAAUGAACCGAACAUCAUGGGACUAGUUCAUGGACUCCUGAGGAUGAGGAGCUGCAGCAUUUCCUCCCACUGGACUCUCUCCAGAUGCAGCGGAUAUCUGUUCCACCAGGUUUUCAACAGAAAGGGAAAUCUGGUGCCGCAAGAGGAACCAGAACCGGGAGACUUGGUGGAGAUUUUCCGGGGCUUUUACAGCCACUGGGCUGUCUACGUAGGUGACGGGUUUGUGGUCCACCUGACUUCAGCAGACAAGGGCUUGGGAGAUUUCUCCUCCCUUUUCCAGUCUGUCUACACCAAGAAGGCCGUGGUGAAGAAAGAGCUUCUCAAGAACGUGGCAGGGAAGCACAAUUACCGGGUCAACAACAAUAGCGAUUUGAGAUGCUGCCCCAAACCCUUGCCAUAUAUCCUCCACGAGGCGGAGGCCAGUGUUGGUGAGACGAUGGACUAUGCCGUGGCCAGUUGGAACUGCGAGCAUUUUGCCAAAUACCUGCGCUAUGGCAUCCCUGUCAGUGAGCAGAUCCCAACACCUGAGGACCAGAUUCAAGACCAUGAUGAUGACUGGGAUCUCUGCCUAGACCUUCCAGAGGUGAUCUACCUGGCCUCAACAGGUAAAGGUUUUUCUUCCGGUAAGGAUGGAAGGCAUCAUCAGAAGGAGGACAUGUCCUUUUCAGACACUUCCCAACACAGUUUUAUCCUAGCCGAGUCUCCACAAAUGCCAUGCCAGUAAGGUUGAAUCUUUUCCUGGCACGUAAUGAAUACAUAGGUAGCCUCAAUGCAGUAACCAGAAAUACCUACAUAGGGACCUCCAUGUAUUCAGUCAGCCUGGUGCAAUUGUGGGUCCCAGGCGUGAGGACAGGCCCUCCCCACAUGUGUGAAACCGGAUCCACUGCAGGUCUCUACCUGAGUUCCUUCCAACCCAUGAAGAGUAAUGGGUGGGGCUGGCAGACCCACCCUGGUCAGGGGUGGAGCUCGCUUCCUCACCUGAAUCGAGCCAUUUCCCAUUGAAUGCAAUGGGGCGUACUCCCAGUGAGGGGCGUACAGGAUUGCUGGUUUUGCCCCCCCCUCCGGAAAAUGUCCUGCAGAUGCCAUGUUUCCGGGCCCCUCUGCUUGGUGCAAGUCAUAUUCAUGCAGCCACAGAUCAUGUAGUCUAGGUCCUUGCAAUAAAAGGGGUUUGCUUGGUGGGAUGAGGUAGCAUUUUCCCACUAUGGGGCAAGGUGGAACAGAUCUCCCUGGGCUGGGUGAGGGUUUGCUCUUCACCCUUCUCCCCCCCACCCCGCCACCUGCUGGCUCCCCAGCUCAUUGGCACACUGCUGGCUCCUGAUUGGAGACACAUCUCAGCUUUGAGAAAGAGGAGUCCUCUGCGGGAGGGAAGAGGAAGAGUGUCAGGCAGUGUCCCCUUCAGGAGGGGUGUCAGGCAGUGCCCCUCCCUCCUCCUCUCUGGACUGGCUAUUGAAAGGAAAAGGGCUGGUGGGUCCAUCUUCACUUUUUGUCUCAAGGCCCACUCCAACCUUGCUAGACCACUGAGCCUCCCUCAACGCUAGCAGUAGCCCGGGAAGGGAGCUUAGCUUCAGGGGGCCUCCCUAAAUUUGUCAGGGAGACCAGCUGUAGCAGAAGGAGGCCUAUGACCCAAUCCUGGUGGAGGGGUGCUACACCCCGAUUCCUGUGAAAAGCAGACCUCUCUGAUAUCCAGAGCCAGGAUUAGGAAAAAUGAGCUUCAUGUUUCUUGAGACCAGUGGCUGAGGCCUGGCAGGGCAGUCAGGCCUAGUGGUUAAAGGCUGUGUUUUCUCUUCUU